AACGUUGGUAAGGAAGAUAUCCAGUCGCAAGCCACACAGCAAUCGCCACGUGUCAAGACCGUGAUCACUUAUCGCGUCUCCUCUCUCUCAUAUUAGAAGACACAGACGCAUUGGGCGAGAGAGAGAGAGAUAGAGAGUAGAGAAGAGAAGAAAUGGCUGCUUCAGUGAUGCUUUCAUCGGUGACAUUGAAACCGGCGGGUUUCACGGUGGAGAAGAUGUCGGCGAGAGGAUUGCCGUCGCUCACAAGAGCUUCUCCUUCCUCCUUCAGAAUUGUCGCCAGCGGCGUCAAGAAGAUCAAGACUGACAAGCCCUUUGGAGUUAACGGCAGCAUGGACUUGAGGGACGGCGUCGACGCCUCCGGCAGAAAGGGCAAGGGAUACGGUGUUUACAAAUUCGUCGACAAGUACGGUGCUAACGUCGAUGGAUACAGUCCUAUUUACAACGAGGAGGAGUGGGCACCGGGUGGUGACACGUACAAGGGAGGAGUCACCGGAUUGGCAAUUUGGGCGGUGACGCUCGCCGGAAUUCUCGCCGGAGGAGCUCUUCUUGUGUACAACACCAGUGCUUUGGCUCAGUAAAUCUUGAGUUGCUAAAGAAAUGUGUACUCAUGUUUCUCUAAAUGUUUUCUCCUAUUGUUCUAUUCUCUCUGAUGUUGUUACAAAACUCAGAACAUACUUUGAAUUUAUAAGAAUGCUAGUGUUUGUUGUAUAUUCA